AUGUUUACAACACUUUCCAUCGUUCUUGCUGGUGUGAGCGUAGUACUACCAGCUAUAAGCACAAUCUUUAUAAUUUACCAAGCAAUAAGAUCAUUUUCCCUAAUGUUGACUAUAGCAUGUCUUUCUGGAACGAUAAUUAUAGAAUCAAUCAGUAUCGUCGAUAUGUUAAUAGUUUUGGAUCUUUAUCAAGAUUCGCCAAUCCUCUUGAUUUUUUACUUUAUGGCAACAUCAUUUACUUCUAUACUAUCUUGUUAUGUCUUAUUAAAAGUUGGGACAAAUCUUUAUCAAGAAUACAACUCCAUCAAAUCUUUUUUGAUAUUUGGACCGAUAGCUUUAACAUUUUUUGUGUUUGCAUUGACUAUUUACACAACGAUUCAAUUUAUUCUAAAAGAUCAGAAAGUUGUGGAUCCUACACUCGAGAUCACGACAAUGUUUCUGAGUAUAGCAGCUGGCGUUUUGAGUCUUUUAUUUUCAUUUGGACCACUAUUCUCAAUCAGAAAGCAAACAAGGCUUAAUCCAGAAAAAACAGCAACUUCAAUUCUACAAUUAUUCAUGGUAGUAUUAUUUUUCAUAGCACAUUAUGUUGUUUAUAUAUUCAUAACAUUAAAAAUACAAAUUUUCAGCGAUUCCAAUGUUAGAAUGGAUUCUAUUCAUAAUAUUAUAUCAAUUCUAAUAUUUCCUGGAUGUUUAAUUUCUCCACCAAGAAAAAUCCUUAAAAAGGUUAAAAGAAAAAUGUUGGGUGUGGAAGAACUUACAAUUGGUGGAGACUAUAGAGUCAGUGCAUUACUUGAUAAUAAUAAUUUAGAACCUCCAUCAUUUACUUACCCAACAAGACAAUUAAACAUUAAUAGCAAUAGUAUUAUUAUUAGUAAUUAUGACUAUGACCAAUUUACCAAUACGAACAAUCUUACUUCAUUGCCUACUAUCGUAACUCAAUCUAAUAAUAAUGGUGAUGAUAACAAAUCUCCAAAUUCAAGCUCUCCUCUACCACAACAUAAUAAGAAUAAUUUUAAUAGCAAUGUUAAUGAUAGUUCUAGUCCAGUAACAAUUCCUCCCAAUACAAGAUCAAGAAGCAAUACUAUAGAAACUGACUCAUCAAACAAUGAUUCUAGCUCAAUUGUUCCAUUUGUUAAUUAA